UGAACUUUUCUAAAUGACAACCAAUUAGAGAAUGUCAGGGACAAUCAUCAAAAGCUAGAGUACCUUUUUAUGAAAUUACCUUGUAUUUGAGAGAAAAGAAACAAAAAAAACCAUGUACUAAUUGAACUAGAAAGAAUCAUUUAUCUGGAUUGUUGUUUAUUUCUUAUCUCUUUUGCCCUCUGUUUUGAGAGAAAAAAAUUAAAUUGUUCUUGAAAACUGAAAUCACUAAGGCAAAAUGCAAACAUAACAAGCGUUAAGGAGAAAUCAUCAAUGGCCUCCAAUCUUGCAAAAAAAGAUGCAAACAACUCCCAAAUCAAGAAAAACCUGGAUGGUUGGAAAUACCCUAAAAUUCCAGUUGAUCAAGUGUACAAGAAAAAAAUACUUAAUUCCCCAAAUAGUAUUGUUAAAGAUUUUGAACAAACUAUCACACUGAAAGCAUCAAACCAAAAUACAUCAGCUAAAUUACUCUCCAGAGACUUGCUAAAAGGCUUCAUAAAGAAGCAACAUGAGUUUUUACACUUGGGUCUAAUCCAAAUUGCUAUAAAGCCACUAUUAAGAGAUGGCUUAGAUGCACCAAUAAUUGUGUGCCUUAAAGAUGCUAGACACCUUGACUUCCAUAACUCUUUGUUAGCACUUGUAGAAGCAAAUUUAUCUCAAGGUCCAUUUUAUUUUAACUGUUUCCCUAGCUUUUCGGUUUCGUUAGCUGAUGCUUCAUCGUUCGAAGUUCUUACACUGGAGGUUAAGUCGGGUGGGAUACCUUUGGCAUUGACGUAUAGGGUGGUGUGUAAGGCAAUGGCAGAUUUAAGGCCGGAGGCAUUAAACGAGCCGGUUUUCGGAGAGACAACUUGUUUUCAACCGGCUGCUGGGACUCAAAGCACAACUAAAUGGGAUGAGUAUGAGUUGCAUGAAACUCAAUCUCUGGGUCGUAAACAAGAGCUUAAUGUAGAGAACGAGGAUUUACCUGAGACGCUUCCAGGCAGCCAUGUCCUUCAAAAGGGAAUAUCAAUGGCCCCUAAGCCUGCAAAUGAAGAAGAAAGCAGCUUCCAAUUCAAUAUGAAGCUUGACGAAUGGAAAUAUCCCAAGAUCCCGGUCGACCAAGUGUAUGAUAAGAGUAACGAUGUUAUUGUGGAUUCAGAGUUUUUUAUGGGUCCUUCAUUUUGGUCUAAAGCUAAAAAAUUAUUGAGCAUUUUUCCGAGGUAUGCUUUAAAAGAUUUUGAAAGAACCGUGACAUUAAGCGCCAGUAACCCGAGUUUAUCCGUUAAUUUACUAGAAGGCAUUGUCAAGGUGCAAAAAAAAGGGUAUGUGCAUUCAGGUCUGGUCCAAAUAGCUAUCAAACCACUGUUGGAGGAUGGGUUAGAAGCUCCAAUAAUUGUCUGUGUUAGAGAUGCAAGGGUCUUAAAGUUCCAGGACUCGUUCUUAGCACUUGUGGAAUCAGAUCUAUCUGAGGGUCCUUUCUAUUUUGAUUGUUGCCCUGGUUAUUCUGUCCCUUUGCAAGAUCGCAGAUUCCUUACACUAAAUGUCAUAACGAGCGGGGUGCCAUUGGUAUUGACAUAUAGGGUAGUGUGUAAGGUUACGACGGAUAUAACCUUAGAUCAUAGGAAUUCAACUCGUGGAGAAACAACUUAUUUUCAACCAAGUACUGGGACUCAAAGCACUACUAAAUGGGAUGAGGUGCAACUUCCAGAGUCGUGGACUGAUAUGUAACCUAGAGGCUUAAGAAAAAAAGGGUAGUAGAGAUGCUUCUAAUGCAUAAUGCAUACAUAGAAAUGGUGUUCGUAUAAGAUUGAAUUUCAGUUGUGUACUGUUCUGAGUCGCCAGGCCUCAAUAAACCACUUAAGUUGAUGUUGUUUGAAAGAUGCAUCAGUAGCUGCUAUUAGUAUGUUUUUAUCAUAUUGUAGCCACUUUAAUUUGUGUUUUUAAACGUGUACUGUUUCUCCCAGGAUUUGUGGUUCUGUAUAUUAGUGUUGAUCUAAAAAGUAA